AUGGACGCCGGCGGUGGGGAAACAAAAUGUUCCUCUUUAACUGCCUACACGUAUCUGACCAUCUUCGACCUGUUCAGUCUGAUCACCUGUCUCAUCAGCUCCUGGGUCAGCAUGAAGAAAGCCAGUCAGGUCUACUCGUUUGGGUUCGAGCGUUUGGAGGUUGUGGCUGUUUUUGCCUCCACUGUUCUGGUCCAGCUGGGAGCUUUGUUCAUCCUGAAGGAGAGUGUGGAGCGCUUCGUGGAGCAGCCUGAGGUCCAUACCGGUCGUCUGCUGGUCGGGACGUUCGUCGCUUUGUUCUUCAACCUGCUGACGCUGCUGUCCAUCAGGAACAAACCUUUCUGCUACGUCUCUGAAG